AUGGCGGCCCGUGUCCUUUCCGCCUGUGUCCGCCACCUGCCCGCGGUCUAUGCACCGCUGUCCCAGCUUCCCACAUUGGCCUUGUUCAGGCCACUCAGCAUCACUCUCUGCAUUGGGGGAACCUGGAGGAGACCCGGGACUCUGCAGCCCGCCUUGGCCCUCGCGCAGGUGCCUGGAAGGAUUACACACUUGUGCCGCCAGUACAGUGAUGCACCCUCAUUGACGUUAGAGGAAAUCAAAGACCGAGUUCUGUAUGUCUUGAAACUCCAUGACAAAAUUGACCCGGAAAAGCUCUCAGUAAAUUCUCAUUUUAUGAAGGACCUGGGCGUAGACAGUGUGGACCAAGUGGAGAUUAUUGCGGCCAUGGAAAAUGAAUUUGGGUUUGAAAUCCCUGAUACAGUUGCAGAGAAGUUAACGUGUCCACGAGAAAUUGUAGAUUACAUUGCACAUAAGAAGGAUGUGUAUGAAUAAAGGAUCAGAGCCUUCUUCCUCACUGAGAGAACUCCGAGGACACAUGAUGGCAUUGUGACUGACCGACAAUGGUUCUGUUGGAUUUGUAUUUAAAUUAUCUGAGUGUUUUGCCCUUUAAAAAUAAAUCUGUUACAAAACUAAAAU